AUGAAGAAAAUCAACAUCGCCAUUACGGGCUGCGGACAUGGAGAGUUGGAUACGUAUUAUCGAUUGUGUGAUCUGCUGGAAAAGCAAGGAACGCCAAUCGAUCUGCUUAUCAUUACCGGAGAUUUCCAAGCGGUACGCAACCAAGAAGACUUGGGCUGCAAGGAAUCACCGCAAAAAUAUAAAUUAAUGCGAACUUUCUAUCGAUAUUACAAUGGAGAGAAAAAAGCGUCUGUACUAACCAUAUAUAUUGGAGGAAACCAUGAAGCUGUAAAUUAUCACCAAGAACUCUAUUAUGGUGGAUGGGUAGCUCCCAACAUCUACUACAUGGGAGCUUCCAACGUGAUCCGCUAUAAAGGUUUGAAAAUUGGAGGGAUCUCCGGAAUCUACAAACCCUUUGACUACCAUAGGGGAUAUUAUGAAGCUCCUCCAUAUACUAGCACUUCUUCGGAAGAAAAGGUUUCAAGCUACCACCUUCGUGAAAUAGAAGUCCGCAAGAUGUUCAGUUACCCUUAUAAGCUCGAUAUCAUACUCUCUCAUGAUUGGCCCGAGGGAAUAUACAACUAUGGAGACCGCAAUUGGCUUAGCAGGAGGAAGAGUGGCUUUGUGAAGGACAUGGAGGAAGGAUCAUUGGGCUCUAUUCCUUGUAUGUCAUUGCUGAAGCACAACAAACCACGCUACUGGUUUGCAUCGCACAUGCACGUCAAGUUUACCGCUAUCGUUCCACACGACGACGAAGGGAACGAAACCACCAAAUUCCUUGCGUUAGACAAAUGCUUGGCUCACAGAGACUACUUCCAAGUGCUUCCUUUCGAUAUCGACGACGCGUUCGCUGAAGAUUCCAAUGUAGAACGUGCAGUUCUUCUUCGAUGUAGCUCUACUAUGAUCCGGAAUGGUUAA